UUCUUGAAUUCUCCACCCCUCCAAGAUGCAAAACGACGCUGGCCAAAACAUCGACAUCUACAUCCCCCGCAAGUGCUCGUGGACCAACCGCAUCUUGUCGGCCAAGGACCAUGCCUCCGUGCAGAUCGCCGUCGCCAAGGUGGACGCCAACGGUGUCUACACCGGCCAAAACGACGUAUACGCGUUGUCCGGCUACAUCCGCGCCAAGGGUGAAGGCGACGCUGCGUUGACCGACUUGGUCCGCAAGGCCGAAGAAAAGAACUAAGUUAUCUCUCGACAUACAACCACGAGUGUAUUCUAGUGAUUCUUCGCCACCAACUUCGUCGUCUUCCGCAUCGGCGGGGAGGCGACGGACUGUUGUAUGCGAAGUUUGGUUCAAUAACAGUAUCAAAUGUAUCCUUGGGAUUUGGGGAUCGACACACCACUGUUGUUCGUUCUA